GCAAAAGUCCUGACACCAUCUGCGCCCUUCCUCCAAAAUGCACCUCUCUCUCCCAGGAUGCCGGACAAUGUCGAUGUCUGACGCACACUCCAAUUAUUUUACUCGCCAAAGCGCAGAGACACCAAAAGACAGUUGACUUACUACCCAUAUGAAAAGCAGAAAACCCGAAAAACUCUCACCGCAAGGGAAUCGAUCAUUGAAACGAGACAAAAUGUCCCCAGCCUGAGAAGGGAGGGGGCGGGUUGCCGGCAUUUACAGGAGACUUCUCAAAAAAGAUCACUUUCAGUUUAACAACAAAAGACCGACACCAUGGACAUCUUUGGGGGUGCCCCUCGUGUUUUAGGCUACUCACGGCCUGUGGUGGUACAAUGCGGGGCUGACGCCACUCUCAGGUGCCAAAUCGGGGGAGACCCUCGUCCUGACGUGAUCUGGGAACGCAAAAACGUCCAGAUCGUCACUGAAGGACGGUACAAGCUCUCAGAGGAGGGCAAGUUCUUCUUGUUGAGCAUCAGUGGGGUGAGCGAGAAGGAUGCUGGCCAAUACAUCUGCAAAGCUAAAAACAAUGUCGGGGAAACCUAUGCUGCAGCCACCCUCAAAGUGGAGGGAAAUGAGCAGCAAGUGGAAGUUAACGGUGUCGAGGAGCACGGGCAGAUUAAUGGAACCGGCACAUUCCACAACGGUGACCACCGGGAAGAGAAUGGCGACCAUGGGGAUAAGUUCGACCAGGACCUUGACUUCAUAUCCGAUGACAAACCCAGGUUCCUCAUCAAGCCCCUAUCAUUACGAGUGGACAGAGGAGAGGACGCCGCCUUCUCCUGCAAGGUCUGGGGAACCCCUUUGCCGGAGGUAGAAUGGGAAAAAGACGGCAAGAAACUCAAUGACAUCUUUGAGAGCGCUCACUUCUGCAUAAGCCUUCAAGAUGGAGGCUGGUCCCAACUCAAGAUUUACAAAACACGCAUGCCCGACAAGGGCGUCUACACCUGUAAGGCCGUGAACUGCAAAGGUGAGACACUGGCUGGUGCCAUGCUCCUUGUUGAACCUGUUCCAGAGCAAGAGGAUAGCAGAAAGUCCAGCCAAUGGUUGGACAAACUCAGUUUGUUAAGGCUCAGGGAGGAGUCUUCCGUCAGUCCAUCCAAGGCCAAGAAGUUUGUCGUGGCAGAGGGCAAACACGCAAAGUUCCGCUGCUUCGUCACAGGGAAGCCAAAGCCGGAGAUCAUCUGGAAGAAGGACGGUGUGCCCCUCCAGGCGGGAAGACGGCAUCUUAUAUUUGAGGACAGGGAGGGUUAUUACACCUUGAAGGUUCUGUACUGUAAAGUUCAGGACACAGGACUGUACGCAUGUGUGGCAUCCAACGCUCUGGGAAACACUCUCAGUGCAGUUCAUCUGACAGUCAAAGGAACCCAUGUGCGAUUUAAGCAUCCAUUAAAAGAUGUGGAGGCAAGGGAAUGGAACGUUGCCGUUCUGGAAUGCGAGGUUCCCGAUAACUCAAUCCCGGCCACAUGGUACCGUGAGGAUCAAAAGCUGAUGCCAUGCAGCAAAUAUGGGAUCGAGCAACAAGGCACCAGGCGAAGACUCACCAUCCAAGAUGUGGAAAUGGACGAUGAUGGAGUUUAUCUGUGCGAGAUGCCAGAUGGGGCAAAGAGCAUAGCCGAGUUGUCGGUCAAAGGUAAAAUCGUGCGGAAACUUCCACGGAAGGUGGAGGUGUUGGAGGGUGAGAACGCUGCAUUCUGUGUGGAAGUUGAGGAUGAAGACAUGGAGAUCUAUUGGUUCAAAAACGGGCUCAAGCUGCACGAGUCACACCAGACUAUCCUCAAGUCUUUUGGGAAAACACACGUUCUGGUCUUUGUCAACGUGGCUCACCAAGACUCAGGGGUGGUGACUUUUGUGACUGGAAGAUCAAAGACCUCAUCACGUCUUAAAGUUAGAGCCACAAGACACUGUCCACCAAUCUGUCCGCUCGACGUCAAGAUGGAUCUAGACAGCCCGAAUGGCGCCCUGCUUUCCUGGGUUCCUGCACCCUACAACCAGACUACUCGCGCCAUCUUUGUGGUGGAAAGACAGGAAGUGGGAUCGCAAGAGUGGCAGAAAUGCUUUACCUCCGAGAACGCCACCUCAACGGAGAUCUGCGGUGACAAUGUAUCACACAAGGGGGACUACCGUUUCAGAGUCUGCUGCAUCAACAAAUAUGGCCGCAGUGGCCAUGUUGAAUUUCCAAAAGUUGUCCAUAUGGUUCCAGGAACAAAGAUUUGCAGUCCCCUUCGGGACCUGGAGGUCACAGAAGGAGAGAAUGCCGUCUUUUCCAUCGUGUUGUCAGCCUCGGUGGUUGGGAACUGGUUUCUGAAUAGUGCUCAACUGCAAGACGGUGGCCGAUACUCACUAAAGCAGUCCAACACGGAGCAUACAUUGGUUAUCCGCGAAACUCUCGGUGCAGAAGACGAGGCAGAGAUAACCUUUAUCGCCAACGGGGUGCGGAAUUUGGCAGUUCUCAAGGUUAAACCCGCCGUUGUGAAAUUCAGUCCUUUGCUGGAAUCUGAUAGCACCAAGAAGGUGAAAACGGGUGACGUCAUUGUGCUCUACUGCGAAGUGUCCCACCCUUCGGCGAAAGUAUGUUGGUUUAAAGACGGUGAGGAGCUCCGGGUGAGCGACGUCCUCAACAUCCAAUCAGAUGGGAACAUGAGGAGAAUUGUAAUCCAAUCAGCUGAGAAACACCACGCUGGAGUUUAUACAUGCCAGACAUCGGGGGAUGCCAUCACAUUCUCCGUUGACGUUGCAGGUCCUCCAGUGGAGUUCAUUCCAGCCCCCAACGAAGACCUUCAUAAAAGCAGCAUGGAGCUUGACCCUGUGGUGCUACUCUGCCAUGUCUCCAGAGAGGAUGCUCAAGUUAUCUGGUCUAAAGAUGGUUGUGAAAUUGAACCCAAUGACAACAUUACUCUGCAGGCAGAGGGAACCCUGAGAAGGUUGAUUAUCCGCUCUGCCCAAAGCUCUGAUGCGGGUAGCUACAUCUGCCAAGCGGAAAACAACAUGAUGGAGUUUUCUGUCAACGUUAGAGAACCCCCAGUGAUGAUUGUGGACCCCAAAGAUGAUGUCUCGAUGGAAAGUCACAUUUCGGAGGACGUUCACAUGCAGUGCGAGUUAUCUCGCUCUGCCGGGAAGGUGCAAUGGUUCAAGAACGGUGAAGAGGUGAAGGAGGGGGGCAAUAUUCAGCUGACAAAAGAGGGUCCCUACAGACGGUUAACCAUUCUCCACAGCACAGUGGAAGAUGGGGGAGAAUACAUCUGCGAGGCAAAUGGGGACUCUGUAUUCUUUCAAUUGACUAUCACAGAGCCUUCCGUACGAAUUAUUUCCCCCACUGAGUCCGAGAUAAAACUCACCCACUUGGCUUCCACCAAGCUCCAGCUCAGUUGCGAAAUCUCACAUUCGGACGCUCAUGUCAUAUGGUACAAAGACAGUCUGGAAGUAGAAGAGGGUCCAAACCUCAUCCUGGAAGUGGACGGGGUAAAACGUCGCCUGGUGAUCCCUGUAGCCUCUGUGAAGGACGCCGGAGAGUAUGUAUGUGAAACCGAACAUGACUCUGUUGCCUUCAUGGUGACUAUUACAGAACCACCAGUGGUACUUUCCCGGCCUAAAGACGCACCGAAGAAGCUGGAGAGUUUUGCAGGGAAGGGAGUCGUACUAGAAGUCAAGGCAUCUCGUCUCAAUGCGGAAGUCAAGUGGCUGCUAAAUGGCCAAGAAAUAGAGAAAAAUAAUCACGUGAGCAUCACAGAGAAUGGUUUACUUCGUCGCCUUGAAAUCCUCUCGCCUUCUCCAGUGGAUUCUGGCAUAUAUAGUUGUGAUGCUGAAGAUGACAGACUUGACUUUGAGGUUAAAAUUUUAGAGCCACCAGUGAAUAUCUUAAGGAAGUCUGAGAUUGACACAAACCUCAAGGUGCUAAUUUCCGAUGACAUUGUGCUCGAGUGCGAGCUCUCCAGGAGUAAUGCCAAAACCAAAUGGUACAAAGACGGCUGUCGUAUCGAGUGUGACGGCAGGUUUUGCGAGGAAGAGGAAGGCGCAUUUCGUUCACUUGUCAUUCUCAAUGCUGAACUUGAGGACUCUGGAGAAUACUUUCUAGAUGCUGAAGAUGAUAACAUCAGCUUCCAGGUUACAGUGCAAGAACGUCCAGUGACCAUUGUGGGCAAUUCUAAAGAUGGCGACUUCCAGGAGUUGACAGCAGGCGAUGAACUAAUCCUGGCUUGUGAGGUGUCUCGCCCAAAUGCUCCCGUACAGUGGUACUGCAACGACAAGCUCCUUGUCAAUGAUUCACGUACGCAAAUAGAAUGCUACGGGAAUUUGAGGAAAAUUAUUAUUUCCAAUGUUCAACCUUCGGAAUCCGGAAAAUACACAUGUGAUGCAGUAGACGACAAGAUGAUCAGUAUUGUUAGGAUUCAAGAGCUUCCGGUGACAUUCUUGAAGAAGGAAGAUGAUAUUGUUGUGACGGGUUACGAGGGAGAGAGUGUGACCUUGACUAGCUUUGUGUCCAAGGAGAAUGCGCUAGUGCGCUGGCUCAAAGACUGGACACCCAUUGAAGGUGAGCGCUUCCAGGCACUCAUGGAAGGUCAUCAGCGUGACCUCACCAUCGCGCCUUUGAGGCGCUCGGAUGCCGGCGAGUACACCUGUGAUGUCAACACUGACCAAAUACACUUCAGCCUACUGGUAAAAGGAAUGAGGAUAAAGUUUACAAGGCCGAUGCAAGACACUGUGGCCCAUGCUGACGGAAUGGUGACCCUCCGAUGUCAAGUGUGCAAACCCAAAGCAGAUGUGCAGUGGUUUAAGAAUGGUGUGGAAGUGGUUCCGAACAGGAGGUUCACCAUUCGGGCGGAUGGAGUGGAACGUAGUUUGACCAUACAUCGUUUGACUAGGGAGGAUUCUGGAGAGUACGCCUGCGAGUCCAAAGAUGACCGCACCGUUGCGACCCUUACAGUAAAGAUGCCUCGGGUGGUUGAGUUCCUCACUGAGCUUCAAAACAUCACCGUGCUGGAAGGAGAGGACGCUACCUUUAAGUGUGUGGUUUCACCCGACGACGUGCAUUUGGUUUGGUUCAUGGACAAUGAGGUGAUCGGUCCAAGUGACCGUGUCCAGAUCACACAGAAUGGUUUGUGCCACACCUUAGUGAUGAGAAAAUGCCAAAUGUUGGACUGUUCUAAAAUCACAGCUGAAGCUGAAGGUACAAUAAGCAAAGCAAGCCUCAGAGUCCAAGAGGCUCAGGUCAUGUUUACAAAGAAAAUGGAGGCUGUCAUGGCUGAAGAGUUUUGUGAUGCUACCCUGGAGACAGAGAUUAGCCUGGAGACUGGUGAAGUGCAAUGGAUGAGACAAGGGGUGGUCAUCCAGGCCGGGCCUCGAUAUUCACUCAACCAAAAUGGAUGCAAACGCAGUCUGACCAUUCUCAGUUUAAAUCUGUCAGACCGCGGAACUUACCGUUGUGAAACUCUGCACGACAGGACCCAGGUCAAGCUAAAUGUAGAACCCCGCAAAAUAUCAAUCCGUAAAGGCCUGACUGACCAGGAAAUCUUCGAACGUGAGACAGCAUCUUUUGAGGUGGAGUUGUCCCACGCUGACGUGGAGGGCAAUUGGCAGAAAGAUGGCAUUCGGGUGAAGCCAAACAAUCAGUUUCGGGUGAGCACCAACGGGCGAGUGCAUGGCCUCACCCUUUCCAACCUCGCCCUGGAGGACACAUGCACUAUUGCCUUCUCAGCCGAAGGGGUGCGCACCACAUCCAGGCUCACAGUCAAAGAGACUCCAGUUACCACCCUAAAAGAUCUGGUUGAUGUCCGUGUGGAAGAAGAAUUCCCUGUCACUUUGGAGUGCGAAUUCUCUCGACAAAACGUUGAAGUCAGAUGGUUCAAGAAUGGAACCGAACUGAAGCCAGGCAAGAACAUUAGGAUAUAUUCUAUGGGGCGAAAGAAGUUCUGUCAAAUCCUGCAGUGCUCUUUGGUGGAUUCUGGCACCUACACCUGUGAUGUGGGGGAAAGCAGCACUUCUUGUUCUUUGGCGGUUUAUGAGCAUGAGCUGACAAUUCUGCAGGACCUGGAGGGUCUUUGCAUCCAGGAAGAUCAGAACGCAGUAUUCAUGUGUGAGGUUUCCCUGAGCGAUGUGAGCGGCGAAUGGUAUAAGGAUGGCCACAAGAUCCGUCCCACAAGCACCAUCAAGACUCGCACGGAAGGGACCAAACACUUCUUGCUGAUGUGCAAUGUCAAAGCUGAGGAUGCUGGAGAAAUAAGAUUUGUUAGCAAAGACGUUGAAUCUACGGCUUACCUAGAAGUGGAAGAACUCCCAGUGUCCAUAGUCAAGCCACUGCGGGACAGGACAGCACUGGAGAAUCACCGUGUCAUCCUGGAAUGCACCGUGUCCUCAUUCCGCAGUAGAGCGACCUGGUACCGGGGCGAGGAGAGGCUCGUCCCCUCGGAUCGAAUAGAUAUCCUGGUUGAUGGUUGCUACCAUAAACUCGUGAUCCAGCAGGUGGCAGUUGAGGACGAGGGCACAUAUAGUAUUGAGGUCGGGGAGCAUAUCUCUGAAGCCAAACUCAUGGUGGAAGCCCAAGAGCUUAAGAUGGUGCAAGAGCUAGAAGAUGUGGAGGUACACGAGAAUGAACCAGCGGUUUUCCAGUGCAAGCUUUCUGUAGCUAUCAGCCGACCUCCAGUUUGGAUGUUGAACGGCGAGAACGUUCAGCCUGGACCCUCAGUCCGCUUGGAGAGCCAUGGCACCGUGCAUAAACUCACGCUGAAGCACACCAAUGUGGACAUGAGUGGUGUAGUGAAGUUCAAUGUUGGUAAAGCAAAGAGCAGCGCCGUUCUCAGUGUGAAGGAAUGCAAAUGAUAUGAAACUUUGGAAAUGCUAAAAAAACAGUUGGGUCGCCAUGAUAUUUCAAGCAAGUUGGGUCAAGGUAUUACUUGGGUUAAACAACCCAUAUUCCCACAUUUGCUACUUUCCACUCAUCUUGACAAAACAAUCUCUGUAUUGUCUAUCAAUUAUACGCAUCAUAAAGCUACCAACAGCUAGCUAGCUAGCUGUUUUUGUUUGACCAGCUAUCUGCGAGCUCAUUGUCAAGUACACACAGCUUACCUGUCCUUGUGCUUUUAUAGUGACGGAGGAAGUUUUAUGUCGGAGUUGCGUGUUGUCUUCCUUGGGUUGUAAGCCUCACAGGUUCUCUUUUUCCCCAAUAUUUCCAAAUCCAAAUGAAUCGCCAUCCAUCGUAGGCUACUUGAUUCAGCAGUUGGUCCCAAUCCACACUCUGUAAAAGAAUGUGGCAUACUGGUACAAAUAAAACACUGUCACGUAAGAUAAUAAUAAUAAUAAUAAUAAACAAACAUUAACAGGAAAGACUUGUGGAAACAUGUAGUUCAAGAUCAGUUUCACCAAUAGUAGACUCAUAUGUUUUAGCCACGAAAGUCCCAAAUUCUAGAAUUUGCAAAACUACUUGACUUCUGCAACCUCUGUUUUGAGUAUCUAUCCAUCCAUCACUUUACUAUACUUCAAUAGGGUCAAAAGUCAGAGUUGAGCCUCGGAAUUAGGCAGUUCAACCAGACGAAUGGUACUCACCAGGUAAUCACGGGGCACAUAAGAACCAUUUACAUUCCCACUUAACACUUAUGGAUCAUUUAGAACGAGCGUCACCAACAUAUUUCCACUUCCCACAAGCACUAGGUAACAACACAAGAAUCUUGUGGCAAUUUCUAAAAAUAGCUCAGCAAUGACGUCACAUUGUGGUUUCCUCCUGGGAAGAUUGCAGAAAUCAUCAUUAAAAAUGUAAACACUUGCAGAGCUUUAUCGAUGUAAUAUUGCAUUUGACUUAUCAAAAUCCUUCCUCACUGUUAAUAAUAAACUCUAUACAAGAUGGCCUGAGCUGAAAUUCAAACCUGUCCUGGCAGAUGAGUAAACUAUUAUUAACUCUCCAAUCCCAUCUGCAUUUCUUUCUUUUGGAGUAGUCACCCCUCACUUAGACGCAAAACUUAAGACGACAGCCAACAUUGUUCAUUUAGCGUUUAUGGGAACAACUUAAGGCAAUGUUACAUAGAGUUUUAUGUAUAACAUGGCAUGAUAAAACAGGUCAAAAAUUAGAUUACAUCUAUUAAAUCAUGAGUACAGUCACAUGGAUGUUCCAUAUAUUAAGGACAUUUGUUUGCUUCCUUGCUGUGCAAAACAUAUCUACUGAACGUUGCGGCCCUGUAGUGACACUUUAAGUUUGAACGGCAAAGCCCUAUAAAUUAAAAAAAUAAUAAAAAAAAACACCAAAUCAACAUUUUACUGUUAUGUUACAACAGUACGAUUCGUUUUAGUAACUUGCUGGUGUUUCUUAGCCAAAUUUGGCUUCAUGUUCAAAACCACUGAAAAGGUUAAGUCGAAUUGGCCACAGCCCCCAAAAAAAUGGCAUAAGGAAAUGCAUCAGAGGACCCUCUCAACAAAAGGAAUUAGAAUUUUGUUUUGUUGAAAAGAAAAAAAAAAAAAACGUAGUGUGAUUGACAGGAUCUUCAAAAGCACAAUACUGUCAAAGCUUAAAGAUAGGUUUAAUUGUCAUCUCUGCAAUCCCUAGUCAUUCAUUUGCAUCUGUGUGAUUUUGUCUUUUGCAAAAAAAAAAAAAAAAAAAGCGGGCUUGGGGGAUAAAAAAAAAAAAAAGUCCAAGGGGCGUGUCGGAUGCUACAAAGCAACUAUAAGCUCACCUGACAUCUCAAGUGGCACCUGGUUGGUCUCUUUCACCACCACCCUGAAACAAAGUACUUGGGAUUCCCGCUGACCAAUGAGACAACGGAGAUAUAUUUGUAGCUGCGCUGACGGAUCUCGACAACAUCAGACAGACCAAGACAUUUUUCGUUGCUUUAAAAAUAGACGAUAACAAACUUUUUACCCCCUUGCGUGAGAUUGUUUCCAGCCUAUGUGUACCGUUUUGGAAUUCAAAAAAACAAAACAAGCCACAAGGUCACGUUCUGCACUUCCAAUGCUGCACCGAAGAGUUCAAGUUUCACUUUUGAAAAGAUGAAAGCGAGCCUGUCAAACAUAAGUCAAUUUACAGCAACUGCGACCUGGGUGACGUGAUGUGGAAAUCUACACCCACGUAGCGGAUGCCUCCGAGGGCCGUGGAUGGUUUGUCUGUCUUUGUGGCGGUGGGCUAAAAGAAUGCAAAGUUUAAAAAAAAAAAAAAAAGUCACCUUCGGGGAAGCCGGCUAAUGUUCGGUAAAAAGUGACAUCUCAGGAGUCCAGAGAAAGAGGAAAGAAGUCCUUAAGCGUUUGCUCAUCUGUUGUCAUGCGCUCACCACUUCCUGAGGUGAGGAAAGGGCACGUUCGUGUGGAGCAGUUUUCUGGGUGACCAGGGGGGGCAGCAUCAACAUUGG